AAAAAAGACAAAAAUUAAACUGCAGGCAUGUUGUUUUUUCUCAACAACUUUGAUGUCAAUAAGAUUUAGCAAAACAUUAUGUACUAAUUCUUUUUGCAUAUCAUGCUUUUGGAUAUAUAUUGACGGUCACUAUCUCCCUAUUGCUUGACACCUGGUCUCGAAAAACAUGGAACGGAGCCUUACGAUUCCAAUGAUAAUGCGACUAUAGAUAACUUCGGCGCUAUUUAUAUAGAUAAUUAACAGAUAGUUAUUAUACCUAAAACCACGUUAUAUGAGGCGCGAUGUUUCACUCCUAGAUGUAUUCUACCUGCUGCAGUAGUUUAAAUUAGAUGCUGUGUUUAAAGAGUCUUAAUAUUUUUAAACAGCACAUGAUGUCUGUUCAUUGUUAAUAGAACGAUUGUAACUUGAUUAGAAAUGUUAUCUAGUAAGAUUCACUCAUCAUGUUUGGUUGUCUCCAUGUUUUAAUCUGUGUUGCAAUAGUUUCCUGGAAUUUUUGUUUAUUUUAUUGACGUAGUCAGGUUUGUUUCUUGCUUUCUUUCAUAGGGAUUAACGUUAUCUCACGGGCUUCUUCAGUUUCUAAGCAGUCUAUUCUGUGAUGGCUUGGGAUGAGUCUGUAAUUUUUGCUGAUAUUCCACUUUUUUUGCUUGAGACUUUGACCUCUCUGCUUCCAGGCCUAGAAAAUCUAAUUCCCAUAGGAAGCAUGCCACAGACGCCACCGUUUGGCAGUAUGUUUGGCCCCACUGGUUAUAACAACAAUGUCUACCAGUCAAAGGAGGAGGGCUGUGGGGUCCUGCGUUACCAUGACAACAAUCUUGUAUCGGGAUCUCUGGAGGCUCUCAUUCAGCAUUUAGUGCCCAAUGUGGACCACUAUCCUGAUAGGACGUACAUCUUCACUUUCCUGCUGAGCUCCCGGUUAUUCCUGCACCCUUAUGAGCUCAUGUCUAAGGUGUACCAAAUGUUUGUGGAGCACCAAAGACUCGGCGACCCCCAUGCUGACAAGAUCAGAGUGCGUAAGAUCGCGCCCAAGAUUGUGCAGCUGUUGACUGAGUGGACAGAGACUUUCCCCUACGACUUCAGAGACGACCGCAUGAUGCGAGGGCUGAAGGAGCUGACCCACCGCUUAACCUUCGGAGAUGAGGUUUGCAGGAAGGCUGUGCAGCAGAUGAUGCAGGGUCUAAUCCGCAAGCUGGCCGCGCUCAGCCAGUACGAGGAGCUACUGGUGAAGAUCAACGCCACAGUUGCAGAGAGGCUGACCGUGUUGAAAACGAAGCCGCAGUCCAUCCAGCGGGACGUCCUGACCGUCUGCAAUGACGCCUUCAGUUUGGCCCAGCAGCUAACCCACAUAGAGCUGGAGCGACUCAGUUACAUUGGACCUGAGGAAUUUGUACAAGCCUUUGUUCAGAAGGACCCCUUGGUUAAUAAUAAGAGCCGUUUCAGUGACCGCAAGAAGGCAAACAACCUAGAAGUGUACGUGGAGUGGUUUAACAGGCUCAGUUACCUGGUGGCCACAGAAAUAUGCUUGCCGGUAAAGAAGAAGCAGAGAGCCAGAGUCAUUGAGUUCUUCAUUGAUGUCGCCCGAGAGUGCUUUAACAUCGGCAACUUCAACUCCUUGAUGGCCAUCAUUUCUGGGAUGAACAUGAGCCCAGUUUCCCGGCUGAAGAAAACCUGGGCCAAAGUCAAAACGGCCAAAUUCGAUAUCCUAGAGCACCAAAUGGACCCAACCAGCAAUUUCUACAACUACCGAACGGCAUUGCGUGGUGCUAUGCAGAGGUCCAUAACGGCACAUACCAGCAGAGAAAAGAUUGUGAUUCCCUUCUUCAGCCUGCUAAUUAAGGAUAUCUACUUCCUAAAUGAAGGAUGUUCCAACCUGCUGCCCAAUGGGCAUGUUAACUUUGAGAAAUUCUGGGAAUUAGCCAAGCAGGUGAAUGAGUUUAUGACGUGGAAGCAGGUGGAGUGUCCUUUCGAGCGGGAUCGCAAAAUCCUCCAGUACCUGCUGACUGCACCGGUCUUCAGUGAGGAUGCCUUGUUUCUGGCCUCCUAUGAGAGCGAGGGACCAGAGAACAACAUGGAGAAGGACAGCUGGAAGUCUCUUAGGUCUGCUCUACUAGGUAGAGUAUAAAUGCUGAAAGAGAACUUUUAUAAUGUCCUGUUACACCAGAACAGUGUGAAAUAUCCUAAAUUGCAGAGCCUGGCUGUCCUUUGACCGUAUCAAGAAGGACUAAAGUACUCAACAGUAACAUUAAAGACUGUCAGGAUUUGUAUGCUGCUCAGACUGAAGAUUUCAGGACAUUUUUUUUUUAAAAAUGUAUUAAUGAAAUGAUUAACAAAUGUCCAUUAAACGACAUGUAAGGGAUGCUCUUUCAUGCAUGGCUAACAGCUACAGGCUUCCAAGUUUUUGAAAUACAUCUUUGAAGAAGUUCGAGUUUGCUGCUGGUUGGCUUACUCUAGAUUACAGCGUUGUGUGUACUGUGUAUACAGUACUGUGUAUUGUUAAGACCUGAAAUAUUAAUUAAGCUAACGGUUAGUUUUGUUAUAUACUUUUUUCUAUUUGUAAAAAUGAGUACAGUGUUAUCUAACCCAAUGUGCUUUUUUUUUGGGUGAAGUUUUGAACGUACGUUAAAUGCACUGAGUACAUUUAACAGUUUAUUGUUGUUCUUUGUGAAACCAUGUAAACUCCUUAUAGCUAGAAUUAUGUCACCACUUUUCCGACGCUACUUGACCUCAUUUCACCAGUAUUUAUGCGGAAUGUAUCACAAAAUCCAGGAACUGGAUGCAUUUUUGCCUAAGAUCCAUAUACCUAAUGUUCACUAUUAUUCAGGCUCUUGCCUGUAGAGAGAAGAAUCUCAUUGGAGCACAGUUGGCUUCAAGCACUUGAGAUUAUCCACUUUUGAAGAAGAGGCUUUUCUCUUUCCCACAGUCUACCUGCCCCCUCUCCCUCCCACAGAUUACCAGAAUAGCACAAGUGGCCAUAUAAUCCUGGUCAGGUGGCAGCGAGAGUUUACAGUGAAUUAGCAGAGCAGAAUUUUGUAUGCAUAAAUUUUGAAUAUAGAAGAUGUGGUUCAGUAUUUUCUAGUCUCUUCACCCUGACUGAUUUCUAUUAAUAGGGUGGAACUCUCUUGUUUUUAAUAAUUUUCAUUGCUUUUUUUGUUUAUUUAUGUGCAAGACUAGAUAUUUACAGGUUUUUGUGUUUUGCUUCUAUUUAAUUUGUAUUAGGUGAUUUGUCAGGCUUCACUUUCCGUAGUUAUGUGUUGCAAAGAUCUUAUUAAAUGUGUUUUUAAAAUUGGCAGUAAGUGACAAUUUUCAGGGUACUUAGAGUGAUAUGCACUGGCUCAUGUCCUUUGUCAAAUACAAAACCAAUUACGUGUUGGUAUCCUGUGUAAAUAAUUUAUAUGUUUACAUUAUCCCAUUUCAGUGAUUUCUUUAUAAUGGGAAAUUUAGUACAUUUAAAAAAAACACUGAAGACCAUUAAUAAAAUGUUUUAGAAUCUG